CACACCCGCCGACAAGGAGCACUUCGGGUUCUCGUUGCUCUCUCGAUUUCUCUGUCGCUCUCUCCGGGCGCCGCAUGAAUCGAAUUCGAAGGCAUCGGGAAUUCGGAAUGCAUCGGAAUCGCCCCAGGCCCCAGAGCUUCAGAUUGACUUCGGUGGCAUAAGCCGGAUUCAAAUCGGUCGCAGGUGCUUUUUCCUCCAUAGCUGCUCACACGGAGUCUGGCGGCCUCUUGCUCCCUGCGCGUCUGAAAAUUCCUGCGCAUCGGUCGUUUUGUGCUGCUUGAGGAGAUGGAUCGGGUUCCAUUGAGCCGAGGGCGAAGCUACGACCUGGAGUACGCGUUUAGUGCAGAGGUGGAAGAGUCGAGCUGGUCUUCGAGCAGAGUUUGUCCUGUAGCCUCCGACACUCGUGAGUCUGAGUAGUGCAGAAUGGUGGCCGGACGACAAGCGCCAGAACGAGGCCUGGGGAAACUGUGCCGGCUCUGGACUAGGGGAAUGAUGCUUCCAGACAGGAUUUCUCAAGUUUUAUGAAUUGAUGACCAUCGCAUGUGGAGCUGAGGUAGGAGUGGAGAUCGGAGGUGAGGCGACAUGACAUUGUACGAGUAGAGAGAACUGCGACGGUGGUGCAUUCCGGGGCAAAUUCAAUUCGUUUCCACGUCUGGGAAGGGGAGACGUGCGCGUGUCACCUGUGACGGGGAAGCGACGAGCAAAGCCAUGUGACGUGAUGUGAUGUGAAACGAUGGUAAGGGCAGGGGUGAAGGCAAGGUGUCGUAAGCAUGGAACAUUUCAAACACGAUGACGAUGCGGUUCAAUAGGUUCUCCGUAGUAAGGAGCUGCAGACACGCAGGAGCUUGAAAUUCAGCAUAUUUUUUGUUCACGGUCUAUCAGCGAUCGAUGAAUUUCGAUUUGACUCUUCUGGAUAGCUAUUAUGAGGUUGCCGAAGAUGGUGACAAACAAGCAGCUCUUGAUCAACGGAACGUUCACGGCCGGCUCUCUGAGCAUAGCAGGAGACUGCCAGAAGCCGAAGUUCUUGGUUCUAGAGUUGAAAUCACGGGCACUUGUGAACAGACCGGCAAUUUACCUCAGCAAGAUGAUGCCCACGAUAUGUCUGGGAAUCAGCCAAAACAGGCUAGAGUCCCUCUCGAUUUCCAACAGGAUGUAUGUCUCCAAGAUAUUCAAGCCAAAGGCAAGACUGUCAAAGCUCAAGGGAAAAGACGGCCAAAUAAACGAAGGCCAUUCUCGCCUGAGCAGCAACGCGUUAUUAAGCUGGUCAAUGAAGGAAAGAAUAUAUUCUUCACCGGUGCAGGGGGAACUGGCAAAACUUAUGUGCUCAAGUACAUAAUUGCAAGUCUGAAGAAGAAGUUCGGGAUAAAGCAUCGUGCACCUCAGCCAGGUGCCGUCGAAGGUUCAAUUGUGUACUGCACAUGCUUCACUUGCAGCGUGGCUGUAACUGCUGCUACCGGGAUCGCUGCUUUGGCAAUAGGAGGAACUACGUUGCACUCGGCCACGGGCAUUGGGGUUCCACGCAGGAUUCGCGAUUUUGCCCGCAUGUAUCAAACUAGGGUGAAGACGAAGUGGCGAAACUUAAAGGUGCUGAUUAUUGAUGAGAUAUCAAUGAUCAGCGCCGAAGUGUUUGAGUACCUGGAACAAACUAUAACUGAAGUUCGUAAGGCCUCAGAGGAGGAAAUGGAUCUAGAGGAAGCGACUGCCCUUCGGUCUGUAAACGAGGCGGAUGUAAGGCCAAAAGAGGAGCAAUUUCGGCCCUUCGGAGGUCUUCAGGUGAUCCUUGCUGGAGAUUUUUUUCAAUUGCUCCCAGUUCUGAAUAGAUUUGACGAUUUCACUGUUAAGCCUACUUGGGACGAGUUGACAAAUAGGGGCCUGGCAUUUCAAGCGCCAGCUUGGCAGAAGGCAGAGCUAGAAGUUGUCGUCCUUCAGAUGAUGUUCCGCCAGAAUGAUAAGGAUUAUUUCGUCAAACUGCUGCAGAAUAUUAGAACAGGGCUUAACCCAGAUUCCGUCGAGGAGAUAGUUCUGAAGUGCUCCAGGGAGCUGAAAUGUGAACAUGGGAUAAAGCCUACACAACUCUAUCCCAGAAAUAAGGAGGUUAAAGAGUUGAACGAAAAGGAGCUGACAAAACUUCGUACAAGAGAGGAGGUCAUCAUAAGUGUUGACACCUUCGAGACGUCUGAAGAGAAGCUGCUGCUUAAACCCUCUGAAUUGGACAAUCUUCAAGCAGUCUGUCGGCGUCAUGAAAGGCACAAGCGCAUGCUACAAGAUCAUGGCUUUUGGCAUGCAUGCAUAGCUGAUCAAGUCCUACGUUUGAAGACCGGGGCACAGGUGAUGUUGAUUCGCAACAUCAAGCGUCCCGGUAGUCAGAAACUGUCUUUGGUGAAUGGCUCUCGUGGAAUCAUUGUCGGGUGGACUGAAAGAACGCAUGCCCUAGAUGAGCUUGCAGAAGAAUUUCAGAAGGCCGGUGAAGGUGGCAAGAAGAAAACUUCAAUGUUUGACUGGAUGAAAAGUAUUGAUGAUAGCAACUUCGAGAUGAUACCUCGAGUAAAAUUCAGGAAUGGUCAAACAUUGAAUGUACUGCCGAUGAACUUUGAUUUCGAAGUCUUAAAUGUUGGAGAAUGCACAAGGAUACAGAUACCCUUAAAGCUGGCAUGGGCUCUCACUAUUCACAAAUGCCAAGGAAUGACCUUGGAUUAUGCAAAGGUAGCUCUUUCAGGCAUAUUUGCAGAAGGACAGGCCUACGUUGCGCUCAGUCGUGUGCGCUCCAUGGAUGGACUGCAGAUUCUCAACACUAGUCGGUCACCAGUAGUAAGAGUUAACAGGGAUGUGCAAGAAUUUUAUCACGCCAUAGAGAAAGGCGAAGAGCAUCGAGGCCAGAUAUUGAGGUUCAGACAAGUGAGAGUUCAUCGACGGGACAAAUUCCGAGUAAGGAACUUUUCAGAUUCAGAUUCCGACUCUGAACUGCAAGUGGUGGAUGAACCAGUUGAUCUAGAGGACCUCUGCAACUUAGGUGGUCGUGAUUUGAAGCGUCCAUCACGACCACCAGUUCCAAAGUAUGUUAGAGAAGUAGAUAACUUAAAAUUCAAAGAUACUAGGAAGCUGUUUUUGGCAUCCCAGAAAACUAGUAUUACCGAAACUGUUGCCCGGAAGUUCGAUCAAAGACACGCGGAGAGUUUGAAUAUGAUAACUCUCAGUAGACCUCCUAAAAAGUGGAAACGCGGUUCCGAUGAAUUUGGACAUGAACACGAACCGGAAAGUCUUGUAGAUGACGAGACGUAAUGCUGGCUAGAUCCACGUACCAUCUUCGAAGUGUAUAUAACUUGCUCUAAUCACUCAUAAAGCUUGUAAUUUUGCUCAAGAUCAUAUAUCGCUUUAUAAAUCUUCACGUCCUC